AUGACAAGACAAGAGACAACUGACUUUGAACCCAAAUUAAAGAAACUCAAGCUUUCCCAACCAAGUGUAUCUCUUACCAACCUGACCUUUGAAAUAUUAGCAAAUAUUUUUGUCUAUUUGGAUCCAAUAACAGAUUUACUGCCAAAUGUCAUGCCUGUAAGUGAAAAGUUUUAUCAUGCGUUGGGAGGAAGAGAUGAAUUGCAGACUAAAUUCCCUUUGUAUAACAGAAUCAUUCUCAAACGUAGAUUCCCCACCAAGAGAAUGCACUGUAGUGAAUCUUUCCUUCUGAGAUUAGUCAACUUUAUUUCAAGAACAUCAACAAACUGUCAAGUGUUAAAAAUUGGAGAAAUGGCUGAAGAUGAAUUUGAGGACCGCCAAGAAUCUGAUUAUGAAUUAUCCAUUGAUUUCUUUGAGCAAUCUAACAAGAGUGGCUGUUUCAGAAAUUUGAAGAAAUUACAUGUUUAUUUCACGCCAUUUUUCACCACAGAAUUAGAAACUGAACGAAAUGUCAAAAUUUUACAAGAAUGGUUUUCCAAUUUGAAAGAUUUGGAAUCAUUGAAUUUGAAGAAUGCUUUACCACAAUCUGUCAUGAAUACCAUUUUGAAAGAAUGCAAGAAUUUGAGACAUUUGACUUGUUCUGGGAAUAAUCUUGCCCAAAUCGAUGCAAAUAUUCCAAUUUUGACUAAUUUAGAGUCAUUAGCGCCAAUUCAAUCAGAGAAUGACAUUUCUGCCUUCUUUUCAAAAGUUCCAAAUUUGAAAAAACUAGUUUUUAAUGAUUAUUACGAAGUAAUGACAUUUAUUGAAAUUAGAAAUAAUUGUAAACUUUUGAAAGAGUUUCAUUUUACUGAGAGAUUUGCAAAUACUGAUGUUUUACAUACGGUAAUGCAAAUGAAUCAAUUGGAAAGGAUUUCAAUUUCAGAAAUUGAAUGGGAUUAUGAUUCUCUUUUCCAUUUCGUUUCUCAGUUUAGUUUGAAACAGUUUAAAGAUUCGUAUGUCUUUUCGUUUUAUUUGGAAGGACAAACAGCUUGCCUAGAUCAUUUGGUCAACUACCUUGGAGCAUGUGGAUGA